CGCGUCGUAUCGCUUGCGUUUGUCUAUUCACUUUUGUUUUCUGUGACCUUGAACGUCCUACUUACGGUAUCAAAAAGUGUGUUGAAAUUUGCACUUAAUGAUUGCAUAGUUAUGCCUAUAAUUUUAAUGAUAUUUAUUCAGUAUCAUUAAAAUGUCGUUAGAGAAUCAUUGAAGGUGCAUGCUUGAGUAGUCAUCGGCUUGUAACCGAAUUAUAUUCGUUCUGAAUCAUUAAUACAAGCUUAUCAUUACGAAACCCUCCAACUGGGGCUACGCUUGUUGGGCAUGGUCAGUAUUAAUUAAGCGAUCAACUAAGGCCGUUGUGUUUAAAAAUAGAGUAGGACAUUUUCAUACUUACGAAUUAGGAAAAAGACAGUUGAACAACAAUUAUGGAACUAAUUAAGGUAUUCUAUGUGUGGACGUGUGUUACCUUUCUGGUGUUGCACUGUGUUCUAGAAAGUUCUAGUGAACAAACACCAUUUGAAUUGCCUGUGCAAUUAGUUGGGUUUCCAUUCAUUAUAAUGGCGGUGCGGGUGACUAACUUUAUCAAGAAACUUUCGUAUGCAUUAAGUCCAGCGACAUACAGAUCACGUGCUCGCCGGGAACUUAUCUACACGGAUCAGAGUAUGGAGUCGCUAGACGCUCGGGAGGUGGAGAAGUACAUCGUAGCAGAGUUCGGAGCCAAGGCCUGCGUAUUCGAAAGGGUGUGCUCGCAUUAUGCCGCCAAUGCAAGAGUGCAGCCAAGACAGCAGCUCAACUGGGCUGAUGUGUUCAAACAGUACCGUCAGUCACAGGACCAAGCGAAGGAGUUGUUUUUACUAAGCGUGUUCCUUGGAGAUAUAGUGGGAUCCCCACACCUCUGCCACCAGCUAGGAAAGCGGAGGCCGUGCGAUGAAACACUACUGGCAUCUAUUGAGUCAUAGCUUUAAUAAUAUAACCAAUUGUAUUGAAAUGGUUAAAUAAAAAAUAUAAAAACUAGUACAUUGCCGCGAAUGUAAAAACCGAUGCGAAAGCUUCUACUGCUUUUGCGGCAAUGUAUUUUAAUGUGUGGAAAAUGAUUACACAAGAGAACCCAUGGAGGGUAUGGUUCGUUCUAGCGAACCAUGAUGUAGCUAGGCUUACAGCUUUAUUUAUUCAGCCAAAACCAGUAAAGCAAUGUUUGCAUUACAUUUUCGCUUCGUUUUUGUGAUUAUCUCAUUACAUUUCGGUUCAUUUCCACUAAAGCUUAAUCAUAAGGAAUACGAAAUGAACUGAAUUCUCGGAAUGGAUAGAAGAGGAUCAUUUUCUUAUCGAUUGGUGAUAUCCGAAAUAUCCUUCUUGUAAUAUGUAAUAAUCUUAAACAAUUUUUACUGGUCAUUGGUUGGUUUAUCAGCGUAAUCAUUUUCAAGAACCAUUUCAAUGCAACCGUGACGAAUAAUUAUAAAAAAAAAUAGUUUAAGUUCUUAUUAGGUGUGUGGAUUGUGACAUUGUAAAUUAAUAUUCAAGGAUAAUUUUAGAAAUAAGAUUUUA